GCUGACAAGUGAUAUCUACAGCUAUGAACGGUAAGUUAUAUCCUUUGUCUGAUGCUUUCGUUAGCAAUCUCGGUAACUAUUUUGCUGUUCCAUUUUUAAUUUCUUUGACAAAGAUCUUCACCUUUGCACGUUGUCAAUCUUUCACUUCAUGAGUUGGGGACGAAUAAAAAGCGGCUGCAGACUUUCUUCCACAUGUUAGAUUGUGAAGCGAUGAUCACGUUAGGAGGGUCAAAAGUAGAGUACCGGAGGGGGAGGCUCAGAUUACUGAAUGUCAUUUCUCUUCUCUCAAGCCAAAUGAGUUUAUCAGCUGUGACAUCCCUCACACUACUAUGGUGAUAUAGUUACAAAUGACUACAAGUAAAACUAUUUUCGUGUGUUUUUUAUAUUUAUUAGUAAAUAUUCCGUUAACUUGCUUCAAUGGUAAAGGGAAAAAAGGGAGAAGGCUUUGUACAUUAAAAAAAAAUGAUCAUUCUAUUUGUCAGUAAGAGUCAGGAUAUUAGUAAUUGGUCUUUUAUCCGGUUUCGAAAGCUUGAGUAAUAAAUAUUGACACAAAAAUGUAGUUUAUCUUUAUUACACAUUAAAAAUGCUAAUAGGGAGGAGUGAAAGGAUGCAGCGAGUGAUUUAUUUUUCUUUCUAUUUUUUAUGUAUUUCAAGAAAUAUAUUAUUUAGAUCCGUUUUCGUAUCCCCAACUCCUUAAAUGUGCAUGAAAUUCUAUAGAUCCCCCUUUUUAUUUCAUGAUGCACUGGAGGUGUAAGCUGGGGAUCAGACAGGAUAGAGAGGAAGCUUGCUUUAUGGAAGAGAAAAUAAACAGUCAUACUUAACACGUUUGCAUAUCUUUUUAUUGUUAUAUUGGAAAAGAAAUUUCAUUAUCUCUCUUUUUUUUGUUGUUGCAAGUAAAAUAAAAAAGAACGGAGACUCCAUUAGUCGUUCCAAAGUGAUAACUAGUUCGCCUACGGCGAUGGGUGCAAGCGGUCACAACCCUGAUUUUUUUCAAAUGAGGGAUCACGUCUUUAACGACUAUCAUUUUUCCAGUUAUGCUGCCACUGAUACCUUUGUUACAGUGGUGCCGCGCUUUUCGAUGGGUCGCGUACCUUGUAUAGGUGGGCACUAUGGACCCUUUUCGCCUAACUCUCCUGUAGAAAUCCCUCUAUGGCUGGCGCUACACCUACGCCAGACAGACACAUGCACUAUCACUCUACCUUCUUACCUGCGUGUAGGCGAACUCAGCAACGUGGUUGCACGUGAGCGAAUUAGCGACAAUGCCUUCGAGCCUAUCCCAUUUCAUUUUUUUGAAAUAGCAAAAAAUCUAUGUGAAUUCGCUCACGAGGAUGUUCCGAAUGUAGCGGAAGUCCUUCGGUUAGUUCGUGAGCUUCAGUCCAUGCGGCAGCGCAAGCUUCAACAAAGCAUGUCGCUUUUUGAGGCCGAGGGCAGCGCUAUGUUUACUCCUGGUAUCAAACUAACACACAUCGCCUCCGCGGAGUUGCAUUACCUAAGGACCUCUUUUGCAGUGGUUCUGAAACAGGCCUGUGAGAUGGAACAGAAACGUUCGCGGACGUUGCGCAUGCUACCAGUGCCUGCCCUGCAACCCAAUAAUAUACAUGUGCAGUCUACCGCAGCCUCGACAGCCGCGGACGGGCUUCCUGAACACCGUGAGGGUGAUGUGCGAAGACCCUCCAUUUUUACUGCCCUUACCAUGGACUCAACGUCCACUAUGAUGGGCGGGGAUGCCGAUGGUUCCGCGUUCGAGCCCCAAGAUCCACGCAGCGUGGCUACACCGGCAGCGAGUAGUCUGAAUGUUCCUGAGGCGCCUCUAGGGCAGCCACCCGUUAAAAAGAGACGUACUUUGCGGCAAACUUAAAUGCAUCAGUUUGUUUGAAAUCAUUGGAAGGGUAGCAACCUCGAUGAGUUCCUCUUCCCAUUCGCUUCUCAAAUUAAAGCCGACAUUUUUACAGGAAAAAAAUUUUGAAUCUUUCUUGCAAGUGUAUGCUUAGGCUAAUAUAAAAUUACAAUAUGAUCUUGUAUGCUGUACUAAUUUCUCCCAAGACUUACAACAACAUUAGAUGGAAUGUGUUAAACUUUUUUCUCAUUAAAAUCUUUUCAAUUCUUCUCAAGUAGAUCUGGUCCCUCAAAAAUUCAUUUUUUUGUCAAUAUAGAAUGUGCGUGAUGGAAUAGACGCCAGGGAACUUAUUUUCUAAUAAUUCUGAAAGGGAAGAAUUCUAGAAGGGUCUUUUAAUAUUAUAUUCGUAUCAUUUCAAUUGCUUGCAUAGUUUUUUUCUUUCCUACUCUAAAAGCUAAGUAAAACCAUCAUAGCACCAAUGCUUAAUGAAUUACAUUAAUGUGCAAUUUCCAAAAACAACUCCUGCUCAGAGCUAUACUUCCGUGACAAAUAGCUCUAUCUGAGUGAAUUACUGUGCGGCGCAGUACAUUUUGCAUUUUUUAUCUCAAUGUGCCUGCAUACACUAAACAUUGAAAGUAGUUAGUGAGCUCAUGCUUCCGAUUGCUUUAUCGCUAACGCACGUAGCAUCCCACGUACAGUGUACUAUAGGCAGCACACUAUCUUGAUAUCAGAUGUACAUUUCAUCAAUGUGGCGAGGUAUUACCCGUUCAUUAAGAUUAACGCUAUUAGUGUUAUCUUACCUAGAAAUGUUUCUAUUAUAAAGGCAAUUUAUAACAA